CAUGGUGGGUGGUGACGGCGGGCGUGGCAUUCAAGUUCUCAACAUUUCCAAUGUCAAUGCCCAGGGUAAAACAGUGCUCAACGAUGGCAAACUUCUGGAACUGAUACAACAAUAUCCCUUCAUCUACAAUCCUCGAGUGAGGUCAUAUGGUGAUCCUGAUUACUCCAUGUGGGCAUGGAAACGUAUUAAUGCCGCCUUUAAUCGCAGCUAUGAAAAUGAUCCUUUCGCUGCCUUUUCCAUCACCGAUUUAAUUAACCGAUGGCAAGUUCUGAAACCCCUUAUACAAUGUCUCAGUAAGGCCUACGACCUGCAGGCCAUACCCAGCUCACUGCGACAAUCAGUAUUACACAUCAAUACCGAAUUGGAAGAUCCACGAUCGAAUUGUCAUCAAAAACCCAAUACACCGGUACAAAAUCUUCUGCAAGACUAUAUGCCGGAAAUUGCAAAAUUACCGCUGGAUAAGCGUUUGGCUUUGGAAAAAGAUGUGUUGCAGGUUUUGUUUAAGGCGGAAGUGGAUAGCAAACAAAUCAAAAAGUUAGAUGCAACUGAAACGCGUCAGGCCAACCAGGAAGCUGAUGAACUACUCAAAGAUAUUGGAUUCAAGCCGGUAUUCGAGAGGGCAUGGAGGCAAAGAAGACUUAUGAAUAGCAACAGUGAUGGUGGUGGUGCUGCUGCAGCUCCUGCUGCUAAAAGGGUCUAUGGUGUUCAGCGCCCCAAAUGGGUACAUUUGUCGGAUGCCCAUAAACACACGCGACGCUGUUAUGUUAAUAUUAAGCGAAUGAAUUUAGAAGAUUAUCUGCCAUUGGCACAAAUUAAGAAGUUCUAUAGUAAGAGAUAGU